GUCUAGCGAGGAGAGGGAGGAGCUCGCGGCCGCCUCCGCCUUCGCCUCCGCCUCCUGCGGGAGGGGGGUCGAGGGAGGGGACUGUUGCUGAUCUCUAGAUGUUCUGGGUAGUCUGAGGAGAGUAUGUGGCGAGCAGUGGCCCGGGUGCCUCUCCGCUCCCGGGGAGAAGGCGCGGCCGUGGCUGCCGCCCUCUAAGUCGCGGCGCCAGCGAGGCCCGGCGCGCGCAUGGUGCUGGUGCCGCUCGGGUGUUGAUCGGCCUGUCCCCUCCCUCUCUUCCCCUCCCCACCCCCCGCGGUGGUCUCCCCUUUCCACCCCAGCCCCAGCAGAGCCAUGUCUCGGAGUGGCUCCUGCCCGCACCUGUUGUGGGACGUGAGGAAAAGGUCCCUUGGGCUGGAAGACCCGUCCCGGCUGAGGAGCCGCUACCUGGGAAGAAGAGAAUUUAUCCAAAGAUUAAAACUUGAAGCAACUUUAAAUGUGCAUGAUGGCUGUGUUAAUACAAUCUGUUGGAAUGACACUGGAGAAUAUAUUUUAUCUGGCUCUGAUGACACUAAACUUGUAAUUAGUAAUCCGUAUAGCAGAAAGGUUUUGACAACCAUCCGCUCAGGGCAUCGAGCAAAUAUAUUUAGUGCAAAGUUUUUGCCGUGCACAGAUGACAAGCAGAUUGUGUCUUGUUCUGGGGAUGGAGUCAUAUUUUACACCAACAUCGAGCAAGAUGCAGAAACCAACAGACAGUGCCAAUUCACGUGCCAUUAUGGAACUACUUACGAGAUUAUGACUGUACCAAACGACCCUUAUACCUUCCUGUCCUGUGGUGAAGAUGGAACCGUUAGGUGGUUUGACACACGCAUCAAAACCAGUUGCACAAAAGAAGACUGCAAAGAUGAUAUUCUAAUCAACUGUAGGCGUGCUGCCACUUCUGUGGCUAUCUGUCCCCCAGUACCGUAUCACCUUGCCGUGGGCUGUUCUGACAGCUCCGUACGGAUUUAUGAUCGGCGAAUGCUGGGCACAAGAGCUACAGGGAAUUAUGCAGGUCGAGGAACUACUGGAAUGGUUGCUCGCUUUAUCCCUUCUCAUCUUAGUAAUAAAUCAUGCAGAGUGACAUCGCUGUGUUACAGUGAAGAUGGUCAAGAGAUUCUUGUCAGUUACUCUUCCGAUUACAUCUAUCUUUUUGACCCCAAAGAUGAUACAGCACGAGAACUUAAAACUCCUUCUGCAGAGGAGAGGCGGGAAGAGUUACGACAGCCCCCAGUUAAGCGCUUGAGACUUCGUGGUGAUUGGUCAGAUACUGGUCCCAGGGCACGGCCAGAGAGUGAACGAGAACGAGAUGGAGAGCAAAGUCCCAAUGUGUCAUUGAUGCAGAGAAUGUCGGAUAUGUUAUCAAGGUGGUUUGAAGAAGCAAGUGAAGUUGCCCAGAGCAACAGAGGAAGAGGAAGACCGCGGCCCAGAGGUGGAACAAAUGAGCCAGAUGUCUCAGCCCUUCCUACGGUGCCAUCGAGCCCUAAUUUGGAAGUGGGUGAAACUGCAAUGGAUGUAGAUACGCCAGCUGCACUUCUUCAGCCUUCUACGUCCUCUACCGGGUCAGUUCAGGCUCAGGCGGCCGCAGCUGCCAUAGAAAGCCCUCGUUCCACCUCUUUGCUGUCUUCUCCAGAUAGUGAACCAAGGCAGCCUGUUGAGGCGUCUGGCCACCAUACACAUCAUCAAUCUGAUAACAAUAAUGAAAGGCUGAGCCCCAAACCAGGGACAGGUGAACCAGUUUUAAGUUUGCACUACAGCACAGAAGGAACCACGACAAGCACAAUAAAACUGAACUUCACAGAUGAAUGGAGCAGCACAGCCUCAAGUUCCAGAGGAAAUGGGAGCCACUGCAAAUCUGAGGGUCAGGAGGAGUGCCUGGUCCCACUGGGCUCUGUGCAGCCACCCGAAGGGGACAGUGAGACAAGAGCUCCUGAAGAACCAUCAGAGAAAGGAACAUUUUCAGAAAACCUCACUCAAAACCAGAUAGAUACAGCACAAUUUGAUAACUUCCCCACUGAGCCAUUGGAUUCUAACUCAGGAGAAAGGAAUAACCCAAGUCUUGACAGCCCUUGUGGGGUUCCAGAAGAAGGCACUUUGUCUGAGACAGACAGGGAGACUUGUGAGCAGACCAGCACUGACAGUGCUACCAGGCGUGCCAGCGACAAUCCUGAACUCCCAUCCCAGACAGAAGCCAUAGCCCCUUCAGCUCAUGAAGACCCAUCUGCCAGGGACUCUGCUCUCCAGGACACAGAUGACAGCGAUGAUGACCCGGUCUUGAUCCCCGGUGCAAGAUACCGAGCAGGACCUGGUGAUAGGCGCUCCGCUGUCGCCCGCAUUCAGGAGUUCUUCAGGAGGAGAAAAGAAAGGAAAGAAAUGGAAGAACUGGACACUUUGAACAUUAGGAGGCCACUAGUAAAGAUGGUUUAUAAGGGCCACCGCAACUCCCGCACAAUGAUAAAAGAAGCCAAUUUCUGGGGUGCUAACUUUGUAAUGAGCGGUUCCGAUUGUGGCCAUAUCUUCAUCUGGGACCGGCACACUGCUGAGCAUUUGAUGCUUCUGGAAGCUGAUAAUCACGUGGUCAACUGCCUGCAGCCCCAUCCAUUUGACCCAAUUCUAGCCUCAUCUGGUAUAGAUUAUGACAUAAAGAUCUGGUCGCCACUAGAAGAGUCAAGAAUUUUUAAUCGAAAACUUGCUGAUGAAGUUAUAACUCGAAAUGAGCUCAUGCUGGAAGAGACUAGAAACACCAUCACCGUCCCGGCCUCUUUCAUGUUGAGGAUGUUGGCGUCACUGAAUCAUAUCCGAGCUGACCGUCUGGAGGGUGACAGAUCGGAAGGCUCAGGUCAGGAGAAUGAAAAUGAGGAUGAAGAAUAAACACCUUCUUGGCAAGCACUUAGAUGUUCUGAGUUUGUAUACGACAUUUAUUAUAUUUUUUCUUUACAGAACUUUAGUGCAAUUUAAGGCUAUGGGUUUUUUUUUUUUUUUUUUUUUUUUUUUUUUUUUUUGAGUUCUUCCCCAUUUUUGGGAUAACCAAACGUUGGUUUGGAAUGAGUGUGUGCAUGAGUUGGGAGAGUGUGUAAAACAAAACAAGCAAAACAUUUUUGAAACCUUUUGCCGUGUAUGGAGUCCUAAAGAAAUGCAAAGUGCAAUACUCCCUAACCCUCAGCCGUGGGCGCCUGGAUCAGUGUUGAGUCAUUUCAUUGUGGUGGGAAUGUUGGUUCAAAUAAAUUUCUACACUUGCCAUUUGCACGUUUGUUGCUUUCUAAUUAAAGAUGUUGGUUGCUUUAAGAUA